GCUACAACGAAGCAUACGCCAAACUCCAUUGGAACCAGCAUACUUUGAAGAAAUCUUUUGAAAAGAAGCGUAUCGAUCGGGAGUUGGCCCUAUCUUGAACGCAUUUUGUAUACUAUAACGAAACACUGUGGAAUUGUUAGGGUAUUAAGGCACGAAAGUACGACUGGUCGUCCUGGAAAAAUAUACUUUGGAUUCUCCUUUAUAUUCUUGGUGAUAGUAAUUUGACUCUUUUAAUCUAUCAAACUGGAUGUGGCGUUGUUUCCGGUUGUCCCUUUUGUAUUAACCUCCGGUUUUGUCGGUCUAUUUCAUCAUUAUUCGUAACAUCUGGAAAAUUGGUCGUUGUUUCUUGGAUAUAAAACCUUGUAAAAUUCUUCAAUAUGGUCAGCUUUCGUCGCGUCCGCUGGUCGAACUUACUAGAGCAAUUUUUUCUCCCAAGGUCUCUUUUUGGCUUAUGUAGUCUUCGUGUUGGGUGCGAGGUCAUCGUUUGGUUUGCUAUCAUUAACAAAUUGUCUGGUCUUUACGGAAUUGUAUCCCUAUUUCAGAGUUCCGCUGUCUCUGCUUGGCAGAUUUUCAUGUAUAUGACUUCUAUUUUCACCCUAGUUCUCUUUUCUUGGUUAGCAGUUUACAUUCCAAGGGAUAGUGUGCCGCAUGCACUCAUAUUGUUUUAUUCUUAUGCAAUCGAUUUUAUUUUAAAUAUGGUCUUUACCGUCUUGUUUGCAUUGAGCUGGUUUGCCAAAAUGCUCACUUCUACUCAAUCUGCUCAAGGUGUGCCGGACUCCCAGCAGCCUACUAGCCUUUGGGCCGUGUUUUUCGAAGCAGAAUCUAUUCCUUCUUUACUUUUGCUAACCUUUUUUACCUCUUUAAAGCUAUACUUUACUUUAAUAACCCUUUCUUACUCUAAUAAAUUAAUCGUCGACUCUGGCAUCCGACCCCAAACUCUCCCAAGCUCGUUUAUGGGUCGCUUAACUCGCAUUUUGAUGAAGCCCUACAUUAUCGCAGCUAAUCGUACCUAUUUGAGAAAUCACGCCAAACGCUUCCUAGAAAAUAUUGAGCUUCAACAACGUCUUAUGGAUGAAAUUGUUUAGAACCAAAGUAAUAGUUAUUUCUACCUUCAAUACACGGUUAUUUAGGUUUUUUUUGUUUCAUUAUUGUGUACGUUCGUCUGUCUGUUAAUUAUUAUAUGCAACCCUUUCACCAUUAUUCUAAUUCCUUUUUUCAACCAUCAACCUGUCUAUAAUCGCAGGAUAUAGAAGCUUUCCACUACUUUUCACCUUUUAAUAAAUGCUUUGGUUCAAAACUAUCAAUACAGAGUUAAGAAACGCUGAUGCCACAUGUCAUAGAUUGUAUAUAAUAUACAAAAAUGAUAUAUUAAUCUAUUGUAUUCACCG